CUUGGAGCCGGAAGUGGGGGUGGCAGGGGUAGAACGGCAGCUGAGGCAGCAAUCCUUGACUCUGUCGCUGUCAGGGUGUAGUGCAUGGUUCUGAGCCCACCAGCCAGGUGCCUCCCCUCUCUUGAGGGUGCUCCGGGUGCCCUGGCGGUCGAAGCGGCCUGGAGCCUCUCUUCGGCCCCGAGACGGCCUUACAGUCCGGAUGCGUCCGGAGGGCGCGGGAAUGGAUCUUGGCGGCGGCGGGGAACGCCUGCCGGAGGAGAGCAGGAGAGAGCACUGGCAGCUGCUGGGUAAUUUGAAGACUACUGUGGAGGGUUUGGUGUCGGCCAACUGCCCCAAUGUCUGGUCCAAGUAUGGGGGCCUGGAGCGGCUUUGCAGGGACAUGCAGAACAUUCUGUAUCAUGGGCUCAUCCAUGACCAGGUCUGUUGCCGCCAGGCUGAUUACUGGCAGUUUGUGAAAGACAUUCGGUGGCUCAGCCCGCACUCAGCCCUUCACGUUGAAAAGUUCAUCAGUUUGCAUGAGAGUGGCCAGAGUGACACCGACAGCGUGAGUGAACACACUGUCGCAGAGCUGUGGCUGCAGCACAGCCUGCAGUGCCACUGUCUCUCAGCCCAGCUCCGGCCUCUGCUUGGGGAUAGACAGUACAUCAGAAAAUUCUACACAGAAACCGCCUUCCUGCUGAGUGAUGCCCACGUCACAGCCAUGCUCCAGUGCCUAGAAGCAGUGGAACAGAACAACCCGCGGCUCCUGGCUCAGAUUGACGCAUCUAUGUUUGCCAGAAAGCAGGAGAGCCCACUGCUGGUCACAAAGAGCCAGAGUCUCACAGCUCUGCCUGGUUCUGCAUACACCCCUCCAACCAGCUGUGCUCAGCAUUCCUACUUCGGGUCCUCCUCCAGCCUUCACCAGUCCAUGCCUCCCAGCCACAGCUCAGAAAGAAGAUCUACUUCCUUCUCACUCUCUGGCCCUUCCUGGCAACCUCAAGAAGACAGGGAGUGCCUCUCACCAGCAGAGACUCAAACCACCCAAGCUCCACUGCUUUCAGACUCCGCUCUAGCCCAGGAUUCCCCACUGACCGCCCAGGACAUGAGCUCCAGCACUCUGACUAGCCCCCUAGAGGCAUCCUGGGUCAGCAGCCAAAAUGACUCCCCAAGUGAUGUCAGUGAGGGGCCUGAGUACCUGGCCAUUGGCAACCCAGACCCUCAUGGCCGGACUGCCAGUUGUCAGAGUCCCAGCAGCAGUGGUGAGAGUAGCAGCUCUCACUUGUUCUCCUGCAGCAGCCCUCAAAAGCCAGAUGCUGCUGCUGCUGCUGCUGCUGCUGCUGCUGCUGCUGCUUCUCUAGGGGACCAGGAGGCAGGUAGGCAGAGUCAGGCAGGCAGCACCCUUCGCAGAUCCAGCUUCUCAGAAGGACAGACAGCCCCUGCCGCCAGCGGGACAAAGAAGAGCCAUAUUCGCUCCCACUCAGAUACCAACAUUGCCUCCAGAGGAGCCGCAGGAGGCCCCAGGAAUAUCACCAUUAUAGUUGAAGAUCCCAUUGCAGACUCCUGCAAUGAUAAGUUGAAUUUGAGACCCCUUCCCUCCUCUGGCCAGAGCAGUGCAGUCAGCGCCCCAGCCCUCUGUGCAUGGAGAAUGGGUGGUCAGUACCUCUGCUCAGGAGAAGGCAUGUUUAGAAGACCGUCAGAAGGACAGUCCCUCAUCAGUUACCUCUCUGAGCAAGACUUUGGCAGCUGUGCAGACCUGGAGAAGGAAAAUGCCCACUUCAGCAUCUCCGAGUCGUUGAUUGCCGCCAUCGAGCUGAUGAAGUGCAACAUGAUGAGCCAGUGCCUAGAAGAGGAGGAAGUAGAGGAGGAAGACAGUGACCGAGAGAUCCAGGAACUGAAGCAGAAGAUCCGCCUCCGGCGCCAGCAGAUCCGCACCAAACACCUGCUCCCUGCGUACCAGGAGACUGAGCAUGGAAGCUUCCGGGUCACCUCCAGCAGCUCCCAGUUCAGUUCACGUGAUUCUACACAGCUUUCAGACUCUGGCUCUGCUGAAGACGUUGAUGAAUUUGAGAUCCAAGGUGGUAGCGAGGGCUCUGACCUGGCCCACAUGUUAGAGAGUGGACUCCCAGUGUCAGGGGUCUCACUCUUCUCAGAUGCUGACAUCCGGAGGAGCGUGGUCUCAAACGGUAAAUCAUCCUUCUCCCAGAAUUUCUCCCACUGCUUCCUACACUCCACCUCUGCUGAGGCCGUGGCCAUGGGGCUUCUGAAGCAAUUUGAGGGGAUGCAGCUUCCAGCUGCCUCGGAGCUGGAGUGGCUAGUCCCAGAGCAUGAUGCCCCUCAGAAGCUCCUGCCUAUCCCAGACUCCCUGCCCAUCUCACCAGAUGACGGGCAGCACGCAGACAUCUACAAGCUUCGGAUCCGUGUCCGUGGCAACCUGGAGUGGGCUCCACCGCGGCCUCAGAUCAUUUUUAACGUUCAUCCAGCCCCAACGAGGAAGAUUGCUGUGGCCAAGCAGAAUUACCGCUGUGCAGGAUGUGGCAUCCGGACCGACCCUGAUUAUAUCAAACGGCUGCGGUACUGUGAGUACCUGGGCAAGUACUUCUGCCAGUGCUGCCACGAGAACGCCCAGAUGACCGUCCCCAGCCGCAUUCUACGCAAGUGGGACUUCAGCAAGUACUACGUCAGCAACUUUUCCAAGGACCUGCUCAUUAAGAUCUGGAAUGAUCCUCUCUUCAAUGUGCAGGACAUCAAUAGCGCCCUCUACAGGAAGGUCAAGCUGCUCAACCAAGUUCGGCUGCUGCGGGUUCAGCUCUACCACAUGAAGAACAUGUUUAAGACAUGCCGGCUGGCCGAAGAGCUCCUGGAUUCCUUUGAUGUAGUUCCAGGCCACCUGACAGAGGACCUCCAUCUGUACUCCCUGAAUGACCUGACCGCAGCCAAGAAGGGAGAACUGGGGCCCCGGCUGGCGGAGCUCACCAGAGCGGGAGCCGCCCACGUAGAGAGAUGCAUGCUGUGCCAGGCCAAGGGCUUCAUCUGCGAGUUCUGCCAGAACGAGGAUGACGUCAUCUUCCCAUUUGAGCUGCAUAAGUGCCGGACCUGUGAAGAGUGUAAAGCGUGUUACCAUAAAACUUGCUUCAAGUCUGGAAGCUGCCCCCGGUGUGAGCGGCUGCAGGCCCGACGGGAGUUGCUGGCCAAGCAGAGCCUGGAGUCCUACCUGUCUGACUAUGAGGAGGAGCCCACAGAAGCCUUGGCUCUAGAGGCCACCGUCCUAGAGACCACCUGAGGAAUGUGCCUAAGCCCUUUGUCUAAGGGUCUGGCUAGGGUCAGAUAUAGAACUGAGCCACACCUUCGAGGAAGGCGGGGCCUUUUAAAAAUAUAUAUUGUCAUUUUUUUAUGACUUGUCUGCUGUCCAGGUAUAGGCAACCUUUAUGGGUUGAUGGAUCCAGUCUAUUGUGACAGAUAUCUGUGGACAUUGGGUAUUUUCAUCAGAACUGACCCUUGGAGUGCCUCUUGUCAGGGGAGUGGACAUCAAGACCCAGUUCCGACACGCUUGGCCUCUUCCACUAGGAUCAGAUCUGGUUUCAGAUGCAGCUCGAAGAUCAUUCCCAUUCUUGACUUAGUUCCUCAGCGUCCGAGCCAGGCCUUUCUCAGCCAAUGAUCUCCUUUGCUGCUGAAACACAAGAAUGGUCUUUUCUCUGUCCUAGUCCUAAAAGAGAAUAAGACUGCCCUGAGGCACUGAAGAGAAAGGAGGUACAGCCGGGCAGUCUGUCUGACGACUUAGGUAUAUGGGGGGCAGGUAGGAACAGAACCAUCAUUGUGCUGGAAUCCCCAGGAUCUCAAGGGGGCAAACAUGGCUUCCCUGGUUCAGAUAUUCCUGGCACAGGCUGGGUUGUGUACUCUGGUAGGCUUGAAGGAAAGAACAGAUCUGAGUCUUAGGCCCGGCCACAAGCAGAAGUGUGGCUGCAGCCGGUGCUUAAGGAGCGGUUUUCUCAGAAGCGCCGACAGCCUCCUCUGGGGUGGUCAGUUCAUGCUCAGGCAAGUCCCUGAUGCAACCUAAGGCAAGGAUAGAAACACCACCCACCAUCUUAAUAGUGGGUUCCCUAUUGCUCUGUACAACUAUGUGACCAUCAUGGUUCUAAGUACAGGUAUGACCCAGCUCCAUUCUCUGUCCCCCAGCAGAGCUGGGCCCUUCUUGGCUGAUCUCUUGCCUCAGUUUCCUUUCUCAGAGUUGGGGAGGCUGUCCCCCCACUAGUAGCGCUAGAGCGCUUGACAGUGUGUGAAUGUCUCUGCUUACUCUGAGUAACCGGAGCCUUCCGCAGUUAACUCUCUUCAGCCUUGGUAAUGUAUGCUGAACCAUCCUUUUCCUGUUUAACAGACCCCUCCCCUAUCACCUAAUGUGCAUUUUUUGUGGGAAGUUUCCUGGACUAGGCCGCACAUGACUGUGGUGGUGUUUGAGUUGCUGCGCACCUAACGUCUAUAACACUGGUCAGGGUUGCCUCUCAGAGCCUGGCAUCUGUAACUGACAUCCACAGUGCUCUUGUUCUGGAGCUGGCCUGUGUCUCUGUACUUGAUUGCUAGCAAAGUCAUUGGUGCAGGCAGUGCCCCAAGAGGUCAGACAGAGUUGCACGUUGCUGUAGCUGAGCUAGAAGGAACCAGGGCUCUCCCAGAGAGGCAGAGGCACAUUGGUGUAACAGCCAGGCUAAGCUCUAGCAGAGCAAGAGGAACGAGUGGAAACUGACCCAAGGUGUGGCUCCCCUGCCUCACACUUGGGAUCUGACAACUCUAUGGGCUGGAUGACUAGAACAGCUCUCUGCAGGAGAUAAGGCAGAAAGCUGAGGCCAAAGCCAGUUUCAAAGAAGAGCUGGUUAGAAAUCCUUUCCAACUCUGUUAUCACUGAGUCAGACCUUGGAUUGGGACUCUGACUCCAGUUCCAGUUCCUGGCUGACUUCCCGUCCAGCUGCUCACUGACGUCACCA